AGUCAAAACAAAGCGUGGACCAACCGGCCGUACGGAAGUGGUUGAGUGUCGGUGACCACCCACAAUAGUGUGUUCGAAAUGAGGGCUGCUACACAUUUAAAAUACAGUUAGCUCCCAUGAAAUUGUUUUUUUAUUAUUUGAUAACACUAAUUUAAUGUGUAUUUAUGUAAUUUUGACAUCGGUUGAACCAAACUGAACCUAGCUAGCUUGCCUGUUAUCUGGCUUUACGCAUCCAAGCAGCCAUGCCGUCUUACUCUGAAUUGAGGAAAACCAACUACUUCUACUACUUCAUCAAAUUUACUUUAAAUAUAUACUCAAUGCUCUUCUCGGUAAGUGUCUGGAGGUUUUUUAACAUUAGAAUACCAUGUGCCAUAAUUAGUUUACUUGAGCUGUAACAGUCGGCUAAUGGUUGUGGAGGCAACCGGUAGCGUCGAUGUGCCUGUUCACGUACCUCCUUCAUAAAAUCACGCAUUUAAAUAUAUUCUUAUGUUACAGACAAAUACUCGCAUUUUAUAAGUUGAAAGGGACACAUUAUAAAACUAUAAGAUAUACUCUUGUUAUCGGCUCAAACACAGACCAACGACAAUGACUUUUUCGUUCACACUUUUGAUUUUGAAAUAAGAUUAGCAUUUCACUUAAGCGACAUCCUAGCUCAAUGGUGCCGUAGGAUGCUACUGAGAAUGUGUGAGAUGUUACAGCCAUGUGCUUGAUAAAAUGCUUUCCAAAAUUGAGAAGACAUUGAAACGUACAGAAUAGUCGCCAAAAAAUACCGGAUUUUGGUUUACAUUUGCUUUUCAGCGGUGCAUUUUCCUUUGCUCUUAAAUUGCUGUAUUUUCCAAAGGGAUUUGGUGUGGUGCUUUGCAUUCAAGCUAGCUGCUGAAUGGUUAGCGUACGACUGUCAUCGCCCCUUGAGACAAUAUAAAGCCUCCUAUAUUCAAAGCUAUUGUUUGUGCAGAUGCUUUGUGGAGGUCUAAUGACACAGCUCUGAGAUAUUUGGAUUUACAUCUUUUUCUUUAAGACAUUAAUGACCAUUUGCUCACAAACACCACGGUGGUGGUGCAGGGCGUUGGAUCCAGUUAAAGGGGCGACAGUGUGCGCAAAUUGUUUAGCCGACAGAUAAUAUUUUAAAGGCGUUUUUGUUGAUUAGUCGACCUGUCCAAGCUGAUUAUAAGAUUAUGAUCAAUCACGUAGCUUCUAUUAUUAAUAUGUUAUCCCCUGAACAUGUAUAUGAUUCAUACAUACAAAUCCAUUAUCUAAAAUCCUUAUUUUGCCAAUAAGAAGGUUGCUUGUGAACAGUUUUACAUCUUACUUUGUUUUAAAUUAAGUUCCUACAUAUUGAUUUCAUUAAACAGUAACGUUAAUGAGCCUCUAAUGUAUUUGUCAGUAAUGUGACAUUCAACUGCGCACUAUUUUUUGCAGCGUUAAUGAUUGAAAGUACUAACCUUUGAACCCUUGCACUGAACAUGCCAGGUCUUAUCCUGACAAUGAUCAAUCAGAAUGUCCCACAUCUAUCUAUCUAUCUAUCUAUCUAGCUAUCUAUCUAUCUAUUUUAUCUAAUCUAAUCUACCAAUUACAUUUUUUCUGAGGCCAGUGCCAGUACUGAUUAUGAGAGAGCAGGCUGGGCGAUGUAUAAACCUGAUACCGUGUUUAUUGUUUUUCUCCUUUUUUAGCAUUUGACAAAUACAAAAAAUUAAAAUUACUGACAAAUGACAAACAAAAUUGUCAAACUUGAGUACAUAUUUUAUUAGAUACAUGGAAAUGGAUAAACAUUUGGCUCUUUAAAAUAUGCCAACAUGGGUCUUUUGAAUUUCUGAACAGCUAUCUGAAUUAUUAAAACUUAAAAAUAAUACAUAAUACAAGUAAUUUACUGAUUAAUUUUUUCCAUAAAAAUUAAAACAAAUUGCUGAUUUUGCUGUCAAAACUUUACCAUCUUACUUUGUAUAUCAUGAAGUAAAGAAGUGAUCUGUCUUGAGUUGAGAUUUUUAUGUCUGUAUUGUCAGAAACUUCUUACGUUUUACAGGAAAUAUAUCUCAACAGUCUUGUUUAUUGUUCAGAACAUGAGACACUAUUAAUCCCUCUCUUUCCUCCUCUCUUUAUAGCUAAUGGGCCUUUGUGUACUAUGUGUGGGGGUUUAUGCUGAAGUAGAGAGGCAGAAGAAUCGAACCCUAGAGGGGCUUUUUCUGGCUCCUGCUGUGGUUCUCAUCCUGCUGGGCCUGGUGAUGUUUACAGUAUCAGUGGUGGGCAUGGUUGGAUCCCUUAGGGACAAUAAAACUCUGCUUCAUAUGGUAGGAAUAACAGAUCCCUCUGUGCAUGCUUUUCAUUCAAAGAAAGUAUUGAAUGAGAUAUUGAUUCAGGCUGAUAACAGCUUUAAAAUGAAAAAGUCACAUUUGAUUUUCAUGGCUUGUAUUUUUAUUGUUAUGACAGUAGUUUUGUCAGCGUUGAUGCAUCAGUGUUUUGUAAUUAUCAUUCAUCAAACUGUGUGUUUAUUUGAUCUCCCUCUGCAGUUUCUCUGUGUACUCUGUGUAUUGCUGCUUCUUCAGGCGAUUGCACUCACCACAGCGCUCAUCUUUGAAAAGAAGGUAAAUGUUCGUUCUUCCUGUACACCCCUUCACCUCACGUCAGGACGCCACCUCUUUACUUUCUCUCUGUCUAGCAUCAUUUUUCUGAGUCCUGUUUUCCUCUUUUUCUUUGUCAGACAUCUGCCUUGUUUCAGAGCAGUAUAAGAGAAGGAAUCAAACACUACUAUGAUGAUCUGGACUUUAAAAAUAUCCUGGACUAUGUGCAACAAAAGGUAGGCUGAUGUGUCACCUGGAAAAAAUACUCACUAUACUUUUUCUAUUUUCGACAAGAGGCUUUUUCAAUGUUCUGCAUGCAAGAAAGUGCAACUGAACUAAAGGGUAAACAGGGAUGUGGAUCGCACAUAGUCCUGUUUGACUUACUGGGAUGUUAAAUGAGUUUAUUUUGUUGUUUUUAGAGGAAAUGGUUCAAACUCGCUUGUUUCGUUUCUCAGUUUUCUUGUUGUGGGGGAGACGAUUUCAAGGACUGGGGUGUCAACCAGUAUCAUUUCUGCAAUGGUACUGGUCCACUGGCCUGUGGGGUACCAUAUACCUGUUGUGUUCGCCAUAAGGUGAGUUCUGAUGCAUAUAGAGCGACUUUUUUUGUGUCUGACUUUGUUCAUGCACAGAGGUUAUGUAGAGCACCCAUCAGUAUCAACUUAUCCCAUUGAGCGCAGCUGGUGGGGGCUGGUUCGGGGUCAAGUGUGGUGUUUAUCUGAUGUUAAAUACACACAGAAGUUUUGUGAUGACAGUUCCCGGCACUUUUGGCCACAAGCUGCAUUCUUUUGUCCAGAGUAAUGAAGGCAUGCUGAGGCGACACUCGUGUAAACCCAUAAACCUCACUGUGACGAGUAUAUUUGGGCUCGCUAUUGAAGAAAAUGACGCCCUUUCUUUAGGAUAUUAAUUUGUUAAUGACCCUAGAGUUUCCAUUCACUCCCAUUUAUUUUAGGACUGCUUUCUCUCUAAAGGGGACUCAGGGCAAAGUCCUCAGAUGGAUCUAGAAACGUUUAAGAACCUUGUGAAUACUCUUGUCUCCAAGCUGUAACCAGAAGUUGGCUUCCUCCGGCACAGAAACAAAUUCUCUUUUCCGUUGUUUAGUUAAAAGAGAAGUGUUAAAGCAGUGACCUUAGCAGUUAUGGAUUAUUGGGAUGUAAUUCAGAUAUACAAACCGACAGCAUGUCUUAACUGCAUACAAGCUUCACAGGCAGCAUUUCAUCAUGUAGCAAAGCGUGCUCCACACUUCAUCUGUUUUAGUGCAACAUGCUGAUUAAAUUCUUUUAACAUCACUACAAUUACUCUGUCUGAAAAUUGUUGCCUUGCUUCGUAUUCUAGAAUAUCUGCAUCCUCAUCACAUUGAAUUAUCAUGAGCAGUGACCUGUUAUACUUGGCUGUAAACAGGACAGUUUGUUUACAUAAAAUACAAGGCAUGAAAAUGUGAAUAAUACAGAGCGAAACAUGCUGGAUCUGCUUGUCCCCUCACUCAUCAUCUGUCUCCACUGUGUUAUUUUGAACAAACAACAUGUGAUAUGAACACAGAAUCAUUUUUGUAUGCUAAUGCUCAUUACCUGCAGCAGUUCCAUAUGACUUUCCAUCACAACCUCAUUAAAACUGAGUUUUUGAGCCUAAAUGACUCAUUUCAUUGAUCUGUAUAGGUCCAAAAGUCCGCCCACCCUAAACUAAACUUGGUUUAUCUGCCUUUUAUUACAGCGUAUUGAGAGAGGGUUAUGGUCUCCUCUCUGUUGAUCUUAAAAAUAGAGUCUGUUUGAUAUUGAAGCUGUUAAUCGAUUUCAUCUUUUCUUGGAAACACUUACGCUCUUAUACUCACCCCUGUACUCUUAAAAUCAUAUUUCCUCAUGGUUUUAAUUCUUGUUAAAAACAUUUUCUGACUUUUCUUCUUUUUACUCAACAGGUAGGAGAGGUCAUCAACACUCUGUGUGGUUACAACACUCUGAAUGAGCAGGUAAGGAAGAAAAGCAGCUGUUUUCUCUUGUUGUAUUUUCUUUAUAUAUCUUCUUGUAGACAUGCACAAAGUUCCUAAAACCAUCCUGAAGUUAUCCAGGAAGUGAAAGAAUAAACCAGGCUUUUAAUCACCGCGCUUGAUCUGCAGCAGACUUUUGACCUGAAUUCUCAGAUGUCUUAUCAUCAUUAUUUAAUAGCUGAAGUAGAAUAAUUUAAACAGGGGAAUUUGAGAUCCAGGUUGACAAACUCUCUGAUGCCUCUGCUAAGGAGUGUCUUAUGUUGUUGGCUCCACACAUAAAUGUGGCACCCGAUCUACAACAAACCUGUUCAUCAUUUGUGUAUUUUAUUUGACAGAAUAUUUUCUUCCAGUUUUUAAAAUACCAGACAUUUCAGCAAAUGUCAAAAUUCUCAGACUCUGAGUCAAUAAUGAGCGAUUUUAACCUCCUCUGCACAUCCACUUUAGAGCGUGUUUUUCCUUUUAAACCAGAAUCUAUCUGCUGUGAAGUAUGGGAGAGAAAGAUUCUGAAUCUUUAAAGGGUCUACAUAAAAUAUGCUGCCAUCACCCUGGAAGCCAAACAGUGGUUCAAGGGUCUCAUUGUGUUCAGGGACAGUAACUGUAAGGUAGAUCAGGCUGCACAGCUCGUCUGUUGUCAGGUGGGAUUGGUUUGUCACGACGGUCUGGACACAUGAUCACAUCCUCUUCAUGAGUUUUGGUUAAGAAUCAAAGUGUAUAGCUCGUCAGUCAAAACUGACACAAUAAGCAAACUCUGAUAAGCAGGUGCAGUUGCUUCCUUGUCACCUCUUCCUCGCUUUGUGUCUACAUCAAUUCAGACACACAAAGUCCGACUAGAUGAAAGUGAAAGAAACUCUGGUUUACAUUCAUGUUGUUUUUCUUUGGUGGGCGUGUUUUUGUGUGUGUCAGCGUGAAACUCUGCACGAGCUGAUCCACGUCAGAGGCUGCAUCCACGCAGUCAACCUCUGGAUGAGCGACAACAUCGGGAUAACUGUCGCUCUCUGCUGCGCCGUCGGGCUUCCCCAGGUAAUUUAAGAUUCAUAGCACCCACUCACACUGUACUCUAGAUAAAUUUUCCUUUCCUUCAAACAACAAUUUUUUUGACUAAGAUGGAAAAUAUGCCAAUGUUUUAUUAAAAGGGUUUGAUUUAGUACUUGAGGAAAAGUUUUGCAUUUUGGAAAUCUUGUGCUACUUUGUGUUAAAUAGUUUAAGUUCAGAGAUUUAAAUAAUCAUCUGUAUCAACAUCCUGUUUCCUCCCUGCAGCUCCUGGGAAUCAUCCUGAGCUGCGUCUUCUGGAACCUCUUGGUGGAUAUGAGCGAGUCACCUGACAUGGUGGACUUCAAGCUGAAGAAGUCUGAGGUCAAUUACAGCGAGCUGGACCUGGCAGGGGCCGGCUGGUGUAUGUGUCUGCCGAGGGAUGGUGGCUACCUGCCGGUCCCGGCCUCAGAGCCUGAACUGGACCCCAUUGACGUUCAUCUAGAGAAACUCAAAAAGCAGCCGCCUCGCACACACGCUCAGCUCCGUGAAAUGCAGCAGUCGCGGUCAGCUACUGGGCUGGACGAGGUAGACGUUGGUCGAAAGCUGAAAAGGGAACACUAAGCUGUCUUUUUGCCUUUUGGGUUUUUUGCCUUUUUUUCAUUGUAAACAAUUAUCGAGUUGUGGUGCAUUAUAUAAUGAUUGCUUGGUAAGUCGUCGGAACAAGAGACACUCAGUCAAUGAAGAUAUCAGAUGUUAUUGGGCACUCUAUGCCAAAUUUACGACUGUGCAACAUUGGGCUGAUUGAAAAAAAAUCCUUUUUUUCUUGUUUGUAAUGGUAAAUAUUUGAAUUACACUUUAUUUAUUUUUAGCCUUUAUAAAUUGAGAUGUAUCUCAUGUGCUGAAGCGUACCUCAGGCUGUUGAAACAAGCCCAGUAGUCAGAGCACAGUCUGUGGUGUAUUAAGUCAUGGUAGCUUGGAGAUGUUUUUAAGUGUCUGAGAUGUAGGAUUAGCCAAGUUUGUCUUGAGUGUAGCAUCUGUGUCAGGUGUGUACAGUUAGUGCAUUACUUUAUUUUAUCAUGAGUUUGAUUUUGAAUUUGAUUUUGUGCAAUCAAGUGUACAGUGUAAGACUGAUAGUUGGUGAAUAACAUGGGAUGCAUGUUUUGUACUACAUAUAAAGAAAAGAAAAAAAGAAGUUUACAUGUUAGGCUCUCAUCCGGGGAGGCUUUAGUCUUUUUCCAUUUUUAAAUUAAACUUGUUAUUCCAUCUCUAAAUGUUCCAGGCGAAGGGAUCAUCCAAACUAUAGACCCGAUGGAACGCGCACCUCAAAUCUUUUUUUUCUUCUUCUUCUUCUUUUUUGGUAUUAAACUUGUGCACUGUUUUUAGCUUCCCUUUGCUGCUGCCUUGUAUCAGCACUACUAUCCUUGUCAAUAAAGCCGAAUUUGUGUACUGGUUUUCACGCUGA